AUGAAUCCAGAAGCCUCACGCAAUGUGACAGAGUUCUCCAUCCAUGGAUUAUCAGAAAUACCACAACAUCAGUUACCAAUUUUUGUAACAAUUCUACUUCUCUAUUUUCUCAUUCUCUCUGGGAAUUUAAUAGUUAUUGUGGUCAUCUGGGGGAGUUCUCACUUACACUCUCCUAUGUAUAUUUUAUUGCUGAACCUUUCUCUCAUUGACAUUGCCUAUACUUCAAAUAUUUUGCCAAAACUGCUGAAUAUACUUCUCACUAAACGAAAAGCCAUCUCAUUUGUGGCCUGCAUGGUCCAGUUGUAUUUCUUCAUUGCUUUGGCUAGCAUUGAGGUCAUCUUACUUGCGGCUAUGGGAUAUGACCGCUAUAUUGCAAUCUGUCAACCUCUUCAUUACACUUCCCUGAUGAGUCAGAAACGGUGUUCCAUGAUGGCAACAUCUGCAUGGGUCAUUGGUCUUCUGGAUCCAACAGGACAUAUUUUGCUUGUAUCUAAGCUAUCAUUCUGUGUAUCCAAUCAUAUUAACCAUUUCUUCUGUGAUCUCUCACCUUUGCUUAAGAUCUCUUGCAGUGACACGUUUAAAGUAGAGAUGCUGAAUUACAUUGUUGGUAGUCUUCUGACCCUUUCUACAUUCUUGCUUACUUUGAUCUCCUAUGUCUUAAUCAUUUUUACCAUAUUGAAGAUUAAAUCUGCAAAAGGACGGCAUAAGGCAUUUUCUACCUGCUCUUCCCACCUCACUUGUAUUAGUAUUUUCUAUGGUACUAUCAUUUGCUUGUACAUGAGACCAGCAUCAAGUUAUUAUCCAGAGCAAGACAAAUUUUUUGCACUUUUAUAUAUUGUAUUGAUACCUUUAUUAAAUCCUAUAAUUUACAGCUUGAGAAAUCAUGAUUUUUAUAUUGGGAUAAAGAAAAUUGUACUCAAACUAACUUUAUAA